AUGGAGCUUCGUAAACGGGGAUUAGGAGCUCCGUUUACCAUAUUCGUCGCCAUUGUGUUAUUACUCGUUCAGUUUUGGGCCGUGACGGGUCAGAAUAACCACAGCGAGUCUUCUACACAAACCUCCUCCGUUAACUCUCCGACAGCGACAAGUAGUCGCUUUCUGUCCUCAUCAUCACUAUCCUUAACCGGGAAACGCUCCUUGUUCAGGCUCAGGUGGAGGAGAAGACGACAUCAUCAUAACAAAGUGAACAGAGCGAGCAUUCAGUUUCUAUACGCACACAACCUCAUACGCGCCCGCGUGGGAGAACCACCGUUGCAAUGGGACGGAAGACUAGCGGCGUACGCGCGUUGGUGGGCGAGACAGCGCGUUGGGGACUGUAGGCUUGUUCACUCCAACGGUCCGUACGGAGAAAACAUAUUUUGGGCGGGACAGAGUAAGUGGAGGACCAUAGAUGUCGUUAAAGUGUGGGCCGACGAGAAUAAGUUUUACCACGUGAAGGCUAACACGUGUGAGCCGGGGCAGAUGUGUGGACAUUACACGCAGAUCGUGUGGAGAGAUAGCACCAAGGUUGGAUGUGCACGUGUGGAUUGUUCAGACGGUGGACUUUACGCGAUUUGUGUUUAUAACCCACCGGGGAAUUACGAAGGUGAGAACCCGUUUGGGAUUUAUGAAGACCAGAUUGGUCUUGUCCGGGAUGAUCCACCGGCUGUGGUCGUUAAUCCGUUUUAACUUGAUGGCUUGAAAGCGGAUCGGACAUGGGAUGGUGGUGGCAUGCAGAGUCUAUUUCUUAGUUGUUAAUUUUUCUUUUGCUCAAAUUCUUUUUAUUUUUGUUGGAAUAAACUAACUUUGGGUUUAUUCAGAAGAAAGAUCUAUCACCUAAAAACUGAUUCAAUAAACAAAAUA